GGAAGCGGUAGUUGGUCCGACAGACUGCGCUCUAAAACACCGUCGAAACACGGCCAUGGCGCGGGCUGUGUGGGCGGUCCUCCGGGUGCUAUCCAGGGAGGGAGCCGCUGUGCUGAAAUCAAACGCACCUUGUGCCGCCACAGGAGCUUUACGGAGAUCCAGACCUGCGUGCGCAGCUGUUACUACCUGCGGCAGAGCGAUAUCCAGUGAAGUUAGACAUCUGCAGUCUGCAGCCAGAAUGCCUGAAGUAACCACCGAUCACCUGGAUGAGAAGCAGGUGCAGCUUCUGUCCGAGAUGUGCAUCCUCAUCGACGAGAAUGACCGCAAGAUCGGAGCGGACACUAAGAAAAACUGCCACCUCAACUCCAACAUCGACAAAGGUUUGCUGCACAGAGCUUUCAGCGUCUUCAUUUUCAACAGCGAGGAGAAGCUGCUUUUACAGCAGAGGUCUGACGCCAAAAUCACUUUUCCAGGUUGCUUCACAAACACAUGCUGCAGUCAUCCUCUACACACAGACAGUGAGCUGGAGGAGAAGGAUGCAUUGGGGGUGAGGAGAGCUGCUCAGAGGAGACUCGGAGCAGAGCUCGGUAUUCCCAUGGAGCAGGUGACUCCAGAUGAAAUGACGUACCUAACAAGAAUCCAUUACAAGGCCCAGUCCGAUGGGGUUUGGGGAGAACAUGAAAUUGACUACAUCCUUUUUGUGCAGAAGGACGUGGACUUGAAUCCAGACCCCAAUGAGAUCAAAAGCCACUGUUAUGUAAGCAAAGAGGAGCUGAAGGAGAUGUUGGGGAAGGCCAAGCGCAAAGAACUGGAGAUCACGCCCUGGUUCAGUCUCAUUGCAGAGACCUUCCUCUUUACGUGGUGGGACAACCUGCAGAACCUCAAACAGUUCAUGGAUCACCACAAAAUCCACCGCAUGUAAUUACAACCAGUAUCAGGCUCCUCCUCCAGCAUUUCAAGCUCUUUGAUUUAUGCAGAACUGACAUAAAAAUACAGUCGGCUGAGCUGCCGGAGACCUGAAAAUAAACCUCCACUCAAGAUGUGAGGUUUCCACUGGCUACUUUGGAGAAGGUGUAGAGCUUCUGCACUAAAACACAAAGUAAAGAAUGUCUUAGUCAUGUGAUCUAUAAGGUGAUUUACGUAGGUUUGUAGCACUGAGAUGCAUCCAUCUUCACGGUAGAUCAGAUGUUUGCUGUAGUGCUCACGUGUCAUCUUUCAGGCAAUAGUUCAGAUAAGCUGGGUUCACGGCCUGAGCAGAAGGUGAUGUUAGCAGGAAAUGUGACACUAAUUAAGAAGAGCUCCACAAAGGCAGUAACCUAUUUUUAUAUAAAAAUAAAAAGUGCCUGAUUAUAGGUCGUUAGCUUGAGGGGAUUAGUAUCUCUAAGUCACAACUGCUAUCACUCUACAUUGUUGACAGUGACAUCAGUGAACAAGCUGUAUCUUUUUACACUUUUACACAAUAAAGUAUUUGUGUGAACUUUG